AUGGCAUUCGAGGAGUUAAACAAGACGUCCGUGAUCAUACGACAAGCAUGGACGACAAGCAUGGACCAGCGUGAAAGCGAGCCUUUGACUGAGACUACCUGGGAGAGGAAAAAGAGACUGACUUCCAAAAACUGGCUGGUCCUGCUCCUGAGCUGUGCCUUAGUUACAGACAUCCUGGGAAAUAUUAUCUUGAGACCCAGCUGCAGCACAGGGUGGUUUUACUACAGAUCCAACUGUUAUGGAUAUUUUCAAAAACUUCGAAGUUGGUCUGAUGCUGAGCUGGAGUAUCAGGCCUUUGGGAAAGGGGCCCACCUGGCCUCUCUGCUGGAUCAAAAGGAAGCCAAGGUCAUAGCCAAGUACAUCUGGAGCUAUCAGCGAAACCAGCCUAUCUGGAUUGGCCUCAAUACCGACCCCCAAAAGAACAACAAUUGGAAAUGGAUUGAUGGAAACUCCUUUCUCUUCAGAGCCUGGUCUAACGAGUCUCACUAUGGAAAUAUGGCCUGUGGGGAGAUGGCUUAUCACAGUAAUUUCUUAACCUGGGAUGAGGAUGACUGCAGCAAGAGUCGACACUUUGUAUGCAAGUACCAACCCUAGAAGCAAGGCUAAGUCCCCACACCAGCCACAGGCAUUUUCCUUUUUCAUCUCUAUCCCAAUGGGAAAAUCCCAUGAGCUACUGGAAAGAAUUUUCCCUCUUCAGCCCUUCUCCACCAGUUUUUAUCAGCAAUGUAUCAACAAUGGAGUCAACUGAUUUCUGAAGCGUUAACUUUUCAAGUGUUCUCCCCUUCCCUCCCUCCUCCCUGUCCUUGGGCAGACUGAAGACAGGAACAGGAGGAGGGACAUCACCCCCAAAUGAUGGAGGAUCUCUGUGACUUUAAGAGGUGGGAGAUGGAGGGGUAGGGAGAAAAGCAAGUUUUCUCAGCACAUGGGCUAGCUGCUUGCCCCAGCUCCGUGGGAUCUUCCUUCUCCAGGUUCGUUUACCCUGACCCUUGUAACUCCGACGUAGCCUCCCAACUCUUGCCAGGAGGAUAUGUGUCCAGGGCAAAGUACAGUCUGUCUUCCAACAGGCUAGGUCUAGGUCAUGAGCUCUUCUGUUCCCUUUUAAUAAA